AUUUUCAAUGCGCACAAAUGUGUUGCAUCUACUCAGCCGUGUCGGGCGAGGUUUUCGCGAUUGUGGAUGACUAUGAAGGUAAAACUGCCAAGGAAAUUAAACAAGCGGUUGCCGCUCGCAUGGGUGUGUCCAUUUUUCAACAGAGGUUCUUGAUGGAAGAUGGCUUGGAAAUCCCAGAUGAUGAGGUCUUUCACUCGGCCGUGCGGGUUCAGCUGAUUUUGUUGGAAUUUCGGAAACCGGAGCUGGAGGAAGACGAAAUGAUGCUUGCUGCUUCAAUGGUCGAUGACUCCGAAGCGCUUGAAGAGUUGCUUCAGUGCCCCUGCAAUCCCAACGUGAGAGACGUGGAUGGUACAAGCCCGCUGCACCAUGCUGCCCGCUACGGACAUGUGGAGACCAUGCAGUUGUUGCUGGAUGCGGGUGCAGCGAAAGAUGUGCGGGAUAGACGUGCUAAAGGUUGGACCCCUUUGCUCUUCGCAGCAUUCCAUGGCCAUGUGCACUGCGUGGCUCUGCUGCUUGCAGCGGGUGCGGACGACACCCUGGCUACGUUGGACACCGGGGCCACGGCGUUGCAGCUGGCGACGACGAACGGCCAUCUGCCCGUGGUGCGCCUGUUGAACUCGAGGAGUUCGUUGCUGCGAGGGGUCACCAUGUGAGUUCCGGGGUCCAUGGCAAAUUUCAGGCUGCAAAAGAUAUA